AUGAAUUCCGUCAAAAUGAAGCAAGAACAGCCUUUCCUUGGAGUUAUGCGUUCUUCAGCCUUUCUUCGGUUCCCGGCUAUGGAAUAUGCGGUUGAUAAAACUCGGCUUGAGCCAGGAUUCCAAAAAAUUUUCGUCAAGAAAAAAUUUCUCCCCUCUUCCGACAUUAUAGCUCUAUCCAAAACCUUGCAAAAAAUCGUAGAAAAAAAUUUUCUUAUUGCUGUCCAAUCAGAGAAAUUCCACGUGAGAAACUGGAUACACGCAGUUCAACAAAGUGGACAUUCUUCUGGUUGUGGAUUCCGUUGGAAUGAAGUAAAGACGGCCUUCUGGACUUAUAUUUCAGCAAAAUUAGAUUUUCAGAAUUCUCUUGAAGUGGAAUAUGAUUUCUGGCUUUCUCUUGAAAUGGAGUGUGCAGUAUUUUAUUUUCAGUUUGAAGAGAAUGAUGGUAACCAAACUGAUGAUUCCAACAAAUCUUCUCAAGUUUCUGCAAAUGAAAAUGAUUCAACCUUAUUACACACAAAUACAACAUCAGAUUCUCGCAUAUUAACGAAAAUCCUUGAAGUUGUGAUGCAGAACCAAAAAGAUCUUAAAUUUCUAUCAACCAAGGUAACGGAAUUAGAAAAUGAUAACAAAACUUUCCAAAAAGAAUUAAGUGAAAUUAAAGAUGCUAUUGGGUCAAGUGAUAAAGCAGUAUCAUCAAACAAAAAAGGGCACGGUUGGAUUGAUAAUGGUAUGCAGAAAGAUUAG